GUAUCCUUUCUUCCCUAAACUCCCUUCCCAUCCAGGGUGCCAGGCAACAUUAAGCAGCAUUCCAUGUACUAUACAGUAGGUCCUAGGUAGUUAUCCAUAUUAAAUAUAGCAAUGUGAACAUGUCCCCAAACUCCCUAACUGACAAAUUAAAAAACUGAACAGAGCGAGGCGUGGAGCUAAUCAUUAGAACAGUACUGUUCCAGUCUUCUUAGUUGCGCCACCCGCCCGCUCCGUCCAAGAACCAGAGAAUUCGCCGCGUGACAGCACCCCGGAGACCCCGCCUAUCCAGUGCCUGGAAUUCCACCAUCAGCGCUUUAUUUCACGGGCCGGCGCUGUCCCGGGUUAACCUGAAAAUAAUCUCCCCUUUCUGGCUUUCGGGGAGCCAGAGACAGACGGGACACACAACUCUGCACGAGGAUACCGGGGCCAGAGUAGCUCAGAGGGGAGAGAGGACUGUGCUGGGGAUCCUAGGGAGGCUUCCUAGCGGAGGGGACCUUGGAACAAGGCACUGAGGCUGUUUGUCAAGGGAAGGGUAUCUGAGGCAGAGGGACGGCGGGAGGGAAGGCUGGGGAGGGGCGAGAAACUGUAGAGUUCCGAGAAAAGGAGAAGUCUUCCCAGAAAUUUGGAAUAGAUUUCCCCAGGGCCAGGGAGUAGGUUACCCGGAGCUCAUCCCUCCCGGCCACUGAGAUGCUCUUGAAAGUGAAAGGCACUCAGUCGUGUCCGACUCUUUGCGACCCCAUGAACUGCAGCCCACCAGGCUCCUCUGUCCUUGGGAUUCUCCAGGCAAGAAUACUGCAGUGGAUUGCCACUUCCUUCUCCAGGGGAUCUUCCCGACCCAGGGAUCGAACCUGGGUCUCCUGCAUUUCAGGAACCUGGCCUCUCUAGGAUCCUAAAAAUUCUGUCUAAUGUUGCUGGAGGAACACCAUUUCACUGCACCGCAGCGGGCGAGCCCUCGGCUUCUUUCCCUGUCAUUAGCCAGUAGAAGCGAAGACCUUCACUGGAUGGGCGGCACGUCUUCUAAGGGGCCCAAUGAUAAUCGACAAUUGUUGAGCACUUGACCAGUCACGCCGCAGAGUGGGCGGGACCUCCUGCGAGGACUUGCAGACCCACACGGCAGGGUGGGCAGGCGGGUAGCUGGUUGUGAAUCCAUGUGGCGGGGGCUGUGGACCCUGGUAUCCCGGGCUGCACGUGGGCCUCACAGUCCCAGACCGUGCACGCGCCAGGGCAGUGGUUACCCGGCCCCCGGUUCCGGAGCCACUAUCUUCGCUCUGAGCUCUGGCCAAGGCCGCUGCGGCAUCGCGGUGAUCCGAACCAGCGGCCCUGCCAGCGGCCACGCCCUCCGGAGCCUCACGGCGCCGCGGGACUUACCCCCGGCCCGCAAAGCCUGCCUGCGCCUGCUCAGCGACCCCCGCUCUGGGGAGCCUUUGGAUCGCGCGUUGGUGCUUUGGUUUCCAGGUCCCCAAAGUUUUACGGGUGAGGAUUGCGCGGAGUUCCACGUGCAUGGAGGGCCGGCCGUGGUGAGUGGUGUCCUGCAGGCCCUGGGCAGUGUGCCAGGGCUGAGGCCAGCGGAAGCAGGCGAGUUCACCAGGAGGGCGUUCGCCCACGGGAAGCUGAGCCUGACGGAGGUGGAGGGGCUGGCAGAUCUGAUCCAUGCAGAAACCGAGGCGCAGCGGCGACAGGCCCUGAGGCAGCUCGAUGGGGAGCUGGGUGACCUCUGCCGCGGCUGGGCCGAGACCCUCACUAAAGCUCUGGCCCAUGUAGAGGCCUAUAUCGAUUUUAGUGAGGAUGACAACCUGGAGGAAGGCGUCCUGGAUCAAGGUGGGUCCCCCUGGGGGUGGGAGGUGGAGAUAUCUGGCAUCCAGCGCCCCCAGGUCCUCUUACUCUCUCUCUCCCUUCCUCCAUCCACAGCUGAUAGUGAGGUGCGGAAGCUGGAGGUGGCACUGGGCGUACACCUUCGAGAUGCCAGGCGCGGGCAGAGGCUCCGCUCAGGAGCGCACGUAGUGGUUGCGGGACCUCCCAACGCCGGCAAAAGCAGCCUGGUGAACCUGCUCAGCCGGAAGCCUGUGUCCAUCGUGUCCCCGGAGCCGGGGACCACCCGAGAUGUUCUGGAGACCCCGGUGGACCUGGCCGGGUUCCCGGCGCUACUGAGCGACACUGCGGGGUUGCGGGAAGGCGUGGGGCCUGUGGAACAGGAGGGCGUGCGGCGCGCCCAAAAAAGGCUGGAGCAGGCUGACCUCAUUCUGGCCGUGUUGGAUGCUUCUGACCUGGCCUCUCCGGCCAGCUGCAACUUCCUGGACACCGUUGUCAUCCCGGCAGGAGCCGGGAACCCCAGUGGGAACAGCCAGCGCCUCCUGCUUGUGCUGAAUAAAUCGGACCUGCUGCCCGCUGGGUGCUCAGACCCCCAUCCUGACCUCCCCUCCCACCUGUUGCUGUCUUGCCUGACGGGCGAGGGACUGGACGGCCUCCUAGAAGCACUCAAGAAGGAGCUGGCUGCCCUGUGUGGGGACCCGUCCACAGGCCCACUUCUGACACGGUCGAGGCACCAGCACCACCUCCAGGGCUGCCUGAGUGCCCUUGGUCAGUACAAGCAGGCCAGAGACUUAGCCCUGGCAGCCGAGGCACUUCGGGUAGCCCGAGGGCAUCUGAGUCGUCUCACUGGCGGAGGGGGCACCGAGGAAAUUCUGGAUAUCAUCUUCCGGGACUUCUGCGUGGGCAAGUGAGGGGGCAGCUGAAGCUCAGACCCAGACUGGAGGAGCACCCAGAAGCCUUGGGGUGUCUGGGAACAGCUUAGGCCAAGUGGGGGAACUUGACCCCAAACCACGAAGCCUCUGUUGCUGGUAGUGACUGAACGGCAGCCGGCCAGAUUUCGGGGGUUUGGCCCUGAGUGGGGCUGAAGGGAGGUCCUCUGGGGCACAAAAUGCUGGGGGAGGAGGAGUGGAGGAUCAAGACGGAGGUCGAAAGGUCUCAGAGGUUUUUUUUUUUUUAUAGGUUUUAAUUUAUUUUGCAAAUACCAAAGAACGGUAAAAAAUGGGUGAUCCAGAAAUAUUUGAACACCCUCUCCUUGGUUGUUGUAUCCUUCCAGAACUUUCUGUGCAUGUUUGCAUGCUUGUGGAUAUGCCUAUAAAAUAUAUUUUUUCUUGUAUUUUGUA